AUGGGUAUCACCAUUUGUGGCAAGGACCUCAAAAACUCCAUUAUCGAUGGUCAGAAUGCUGACGUCGAACGUCCCACCACCGAGGUCAAAGACAAGUAUAUUCUUCUCGCCACCCUUCUUAUCCAGACCGUAGGCAAUGGCGGCGGCGGUUGGUUCGUUGAUUAUUCUGGCAACAUUGAGACCGGCGAUCACGCCAGCGUCCUUGGUAGCCUGUCUCUGAGCAUCAUUGAAGUACGCUGGAGAAGAUGGAAAGGAAAUCAUCUUAGUACAAUCAAAAGUGGAACGUGAACAGAUGCAAGCAACCUGUUUUUUUUUUUUCUUACCAGGGACAGUAACAACAGCAUCCUUAAUCUUCUUUCCAAGGAACGCUUCCGCUGUCUCCUUCAUUUUGGUUAAAACCAUAGCGCUGAUCUCCUCUGGACUGAAGACCUUCGUCUCCCCGUCCUUGAUCUGGACUUGGAUAUAAGGUUUCCCGUCCUUGUCCACAAUCUUGUAUGGGAAAAGCUUAAUGUCUUUCUGUACUUCUUUGUCCACAAAGCUGAAAAGUCAUAAUCAGAAAUCAGUCAACGGGUAUCUCUCUUACUGUGUCGAAAAUUUUAAGGAGUGAAAAUGCAUCUCACUUUCUUCCGAUAAGCCUCUUGACAUCAAAUAUCGUUCUUUCAGGGUUGACAGGUGCCUGGUUCUUUGCAGCCUCCCCGAUUAGUCUUUCAUUAUCAGUGAAGGCCACCCACGAAGGAGUGAUACGGUUUCCCUGGUCAUUGGCUAUAAUCUCCACAUGACCGUUCUUAUAAACUCCAACACAAGAAUAAGUUGUACCGAGGUCAAUGCCAAUAACGGUUCCCAAUUUGGAACCUUCCUCUUUUGCCGCUGAAAAUGCAAAUAAACAGCCUGCGGAAAAAAUAACAGUUCAAUCGACUCUUCCAGUCUCGAGCUGCAUACAUUGACAGAAACAAUGCCAAAAGAGAGAGCAUCUCCUAUGUUUUGCUCCAUAGUAUGAUAGUAUCUCACGCCAAAUUGUUACAGAAUUAAAGACAAAAUAUCAUUUCGACAAGUCGUAAUAGAUUAAAUGGUGGUCACAGCUAACUCGUGACCGUUAGUUGACGUACUUUGGUAGGCAUUGCUUACUGGGAAGAUAACCAAAAAUAUACUUCGCUGUCCUAAUUUGCCUGUUAAUCAAAGCAAAGUUCGUAUCCUACAAUCUGAAGUCCAGAGUCAUCUUGCGGAGAUUCAGCUGAGCAAUGAACAACAAACCCGAUACACAAUAUUUCGUGGUUCAGGGUCUUAUGGAGCUCUUUCCGCCUCUUACUUGAAUUGAUACGUGGCCUAGGUUAUUCUCAUGAAGGUGAUUUUCAAAGCGGUUCAUUCACACAACCAAGAUAUGUUCAGUCUUAGACGGCAACUAAGCAUCGGUGCAGAGAGGAGGGAGUAAACAGGUGAAAACAGAAACAUAUCUCCGUUUUUCAAACAACUAUACAUAAUAUCCUGCAGUCGAUUAGUUUUGCUUUCAUAAUAUUCUCCUAGAUGUAUGUCUUAACGGGUGAGUUCUAGAGAUCUCGCACCAGAUAAUCAAAAUGAAUGAACUGCACUACAGGAAAGAACAGAUGCAGGGGGAAAGAACAAACUGCUCCCACACUAGAAGUAAAUAAAUCACCAUACAGAGGGAACAUGAACCGGUAAGUCGGCAUUCAUCCACAAAUCAAUUUCCGGCAAAAACCUGAACUAG